AUGUGCCGCCAGUUAGACGUUAUCGUCAAGCACAUACCCUCUGAGUUGAACUAUGCCGACUCGAUAUCACGAGCUAAGAUCAACGACAAGGUCAUUGACGGUACCCACGUCUGCAAGGCGAUGUCUGUCAGCGAAGUGGCUUUUGACUAUAGGGAGAUUACGGAUGACGAGAUGGCUGAGAAUAUAGUCGAGACCAACGAUGAAGAACCCUGCUCACAAUACACCACUUCUCCCGUGGCUAACGCCACGGAACCAACAACUGCAACCACCAACGGCAGGGACACCCAAUGUAUUCCUACUUCUCCCGUGGCUAACGCCACGAAUACGUCAACAACAACCACUGGUGCUAAACUGAUAGAAGAGGUUACUACUUCUCCCGUGGCUAACGCCACAACCAACUCUUCAACUGUCGGUGCUCUAGUGAUGACUCUCAAUUGUGACGGUAUUGACCUACCCAACUACGGCUCCUUUACUACUGAACAACAAGAAGAACUACGUGAACUCACACGUUAUGCCAAGCCCGUGGAAGAGAUCGACCCAGAGCUACUACAGGAUGGUAACUACGAGGACCGUGUCAGUGCUUGCGUAAUACGUGCGCAAGAAUUGGACGACGACUUGAAGGACUUCAAGAAUCUUCUCCUUGAGAAGGUCACCUACAAGGAACUCGGCAUGAAGGGUGGUAAACUAAGAAGGUUGGCUCGUAUUUGUUACGUUGACCAACAUGGUAUAGUCAGACGUCACCCUAGCCCGGAGCGACUUCGCCAUGCUGAAGAAGAUGACGACGGUGUGAUCUAUCUUGGUAACAGCAAGUAUACGUCAGCCCUCAUAAGGAUCCUAUCGACUAUCUAUCACUAUAAGUACAUGCACUUGGGAUCACGACGGGUAUGCCAUCUACUACAACGUCGGUUUUACUGUAAGAAGAUGCAUAGGCUGGUCAGCUUUUCUCUACGUUGUUGGGACGUUAGUACUACUGGUCACGUACUCGGAGUCCCUACACUACCCCACGACGCUAACCUGAGGGCCCGUAGGUGUCAACGUAUACCUAUGAGUAUUCACUAUACGUAUCUACGUCUACUUGGCCUCUAUAAGGGUACGUUUCUGUCUACGUUGUCCGAUCACGCUAAGUCCAACAACUGUACUAACGUGGUUCACGACUUGCACCAGAACCUAGGGGAGUCUAUGGCUGACGUCUUUGCCAAGUACGAACACGCUAUUCAGCUACUGAGCGUCGACAGUGUGGAUGCAGAGGCACGUCUCGACUCUCUAAGACAGGCCGAGCAACGUGUCUACUAUCGUGACUACGUUAUGAUCGAGAACGACACCAACUAG